AUGGGCUCCAUGUGCGGGCGCAGGCGCAGAGACGACGAAGCUCCGCUAGCGCCCUCGCCAGAGGUACCGCAGGAAACGCAGGAGCCGCAGAUGGCCGACGAGGUAGCUUUCGAAGGGGAAGAUGACAAGCCUUACUGGGAUGCGCCAUCUAGAUGUCGUGGAUGUGCUGGCGAUCUCCAGGUCCCGCUCAGUCUACUCUCGCGUGCAUAUGCUGGAACUGGAUUCGGCGACGACGCAGCAGACUGGGAGGGAUACCUAGCAGUGGAGAACGCCAACGGAUUUACGAACUCCGCCCUGUACGGCGAGGUCAACGAGCAAGAUUUUGCCGAGCUGCUGAAAGACCACUUGCUCCCUCCAGCACGUGUUUACGACCUUGGAAGUGGUACGGGGAAGCUCGUAAAUCUAGCUGCAGUUCUGGGUUUCCAAGCAACUGGUGUUGAGCUGGAGCCUGGACGCCACCACAGAGCAUGUAGUGCAGCGAAGGCCAUGCUGCGGGUUCAGGCAGAUGCCGCAUUGGAAGGCUUGCAGCCACUCCAGCCUCGUUUCCUCCUCGCCAGCUUUCUGGAUUUCGAUUUCUCGGAUGCGGACAUGGUCUGGGCCAAUUCCGUGGUCUUUAGCCCCGCGAUGAUGGAGGCUGUGGCGGCACAGGCGCGGAAGAUGCGCCCGGGAGCAUACAUUGUCAGCCACAAGCUGUUGCCUGGACCAGGCUUUGAGGAAUGCGGCGAUGCAUUCCUGCGGGUUUCCUGGCGGCCUGAGGGCAGAGUUUGCUUCAAAGUGCAGAAAGUGCUCGGCGAAUCGAGCUAG